GAUGGCGGCAGCCCCGGCUGCUACCUCCGUACCCGCGGUUGCCGCUGCCGAGGGCCCGGAGCCGGGCCCGGAGCCGGCGCCUCCCUCCACGGAGCCCCCGGCCCCGCCGGAACCGGGCAGCGCCGGCCCCGACACCGGCGGGGAAGCCGCCCUGGCCGAUGGCACCGCGGCGCUGGAGACCGAGUCCGGCAACGGGAAGGACCCGCUGGAGGCUGCAGGGGACAGCUCGGAAGUCCUGGAUGCUCAAGCAGGCUCCGUGGAUGAAGAGAACGGGCGGCAGCUGGGGGAGAUCGAGCUGCAGUGCGGGAUCUGCACCAAGUGGUUCACGGCGGACACCUUUGGCAUUGACACCACCUCCUGCCUGCCUUUCAUGACCAACUACAGCUUCCAUUGCAACGUUUGCCAUCACAGUGGGAACACCUAUUUCUUAAGAAAACAAGCAAAUCUCAAGGAAAUGUGCCUUAGUGCUCUGGCCAACUUGACAUGGCAGUCGAGGACCCAGGACGAGCACCCAAAAACCAUGUUCUCCAAAGAUAAGGAUAUUAUCCCAUUUAUUGAUAAGUAUUGGGAGUGCAUGACGACACGUCAGAGACCUGGGAAGAUGACUUGGCCUAAUAAUAUUGUCAAGACCAUGUGUAAAGAGAGAGAUGUCUUCUUGGUGAAGGAGCAUCCAGACCCAGGGAGUAAAGACCCAGAAGAAGAUUACCCCAAGUUUGGCCUUCUAGACCAAGAUCUUGCCAAUAUUGGUCCUGCAUAUGAUAACCAGAAACAGAACAACGCCGUGUCCACAAGUGGAAGCUUAAAUGGGGGAAUCGCCGCGGGAGGCAGCGGGAAGGGCCGGGGAGCGAAGCGCAAGCAGCAGGAUGGAGGGACCACAGGAACGGCCAAGAAAACCAGGAGUGAUCCGCUGUUUUCCGCCCAGCGCUUGCCACCCCACGGUUACCCCUUGGAGCACCCCUUCAAUAAGGAUGGGUAUCGAUACAUCCUGGCAGAGCCUGACCCCCAUGCUCCUGACCCGGAAAAGCUGGAGCUGGACUGUUGGGCAGGGAAGCCAAUUCCUGGGGACCUCUACAGAGCCUGCCUCUACGAACGGGUGCUCCUAGCACUGCACGACCGAGCUCCUCAGUUAAAGAUCUCGGAUGACAGACUGACUGUUAUCGGGGAGAAGGGUUAUUCCAUGGUACGAGCCUCGCAUGGAGUGAGGAAAGGAGCCUGGUACUUUGAAAUAUCCAUGGAUGAGAUGCCUCCAGACACUGCUGCCCGACUGGGCUGGUCACAGCCAUUAGGGAACCUCCAGGCACCUCUGGGAUAUGACAAGUUCAGUUACUCCUGGCGCAGCAAGAAGGGAACCAAGUUUCACCAGUCCAUAGGGAAACACUAUUCAUCUGGCUAUGGGCAGGGGGAUAUACUGGGAUUUUACAUCAGUCUUCCAGAAGAUACUGAGACUGCCAAAUCCCUGCCUGACACUUACAAAGAUAAGGCCCUCAUCAAGUUCAAAAGCUACCUGUACUUUGAAGAGAAGGACUUUGUGGACAAAGCAGAGAAGAGCCUGAAGCAAGCACCUGGAAGCCAGAUCAUCUUCUUCAAGAAUGGUGUCAGCCAAGGAGUUGCCUUUAAAGACAUCUUUGAAGGAGUCUAUUUUCCUGCUAUUUCUUUGUACAAAGGCUGCACUGUUUCUAUAAACUUUGGGCCAUAUUUCAAGUAUCCACCCCGAGACAUCACUUACAGGCCAAUGAGUGACAUGGGUUGGGGCGCCGUUGUGGAGCACACGCUGGCGGAUGUGCUCUAUCACGUGGAGACAGAAGUGGAUGGGAGACGGAGCCCACCCUGGGAGCCAUAAGGCAAGCAGGCAGCACAGUGCUAACACCAAGCACACCGUGGGGCUCCAGCAAGUGGGUUUUAUUCAUGCAUCACUCAGAGC